CAGACUAGUUGGGGAAAUGCAACACUACCCCAAUAUCUCCUUGCGGCCUCACGGAAACGGCCCCACGUCACGACCUCACCCAAUGUAGUGGUGCGUAUUGCAACCCAAGAUAGGACGUGCUCAGGAGAAGGUUUUGGGUAUUCUGAUAUGAAACGUCGAGCAAGCCCUACGCUUGAAUUCCCAUCUUUGUGAUAUCGUCUUUCAAAUCUGCAGCACAUCAACAAUCAUGAAGUUGCCACAGAUCUCAGGACCAGCUCAGCUGAGUCCUGUCCUCGGCCUUUUCGUUCUCUCAUUGACUCUUCUCAUCGCGGUAUGGAAAUGGAGGGCGAACGCACACGCCAGAAAGUACAAGCUACCACCACGAGUGCCAGGCAUUCCAAUCUUUGGCAACACGUUCCAACUCCCACCAUUGAAGCAAGGUGUAUGGGGUAUGGAAACCGCAAAGCAAUAUGGCGAAAUGUUUACCUGCAGCAUCGGAGGCAAGACAUGGGUCUUCUUAAACUCAUCGCGAGUCGUGAAUGAUCUGAUGGAGAAGAGGUCUCAAAUCUACUCAUCACGCCAGCAUAUGCCCAUGGCACAGGGCAUAAUCUCUGGAGGCAAUCGAGUCUUGCUUAUGGGCUACAACCAGCGAUGGCGCACUCUCCGAAAAGUCAUGCAUGCUAUUUUGAACAAAACGAACGCUCCCAUCUUCGCGCCUUUCCAGGACGUUGAAUCCAAACAUCUUCUCUACGACUUCCUUCAUCACCCGGAACUGUGGUACUCGGCGACACAGAGAUUCGCAAAUUCAGUGAUCAUGAGCGUCGUCUUUGGUAAACGCAUGCAAUUGGAAGACCCUCAGAUCAAAGAAUUGUUCGACACAUCCAAUGCAAUCAUCGAAGCAAUCCAGCCAUCGGCAAAUCUGGUCGACUCACUCACGUUUCUGGAGAAACUUCCAAAGCCGCUCCAAUGGUGGAGGCCGCGUGGAGAGGCAAUGUUUCAAAAGACCAUCAACAUCUACAGACGCGAGGUCGAGGACGUUGAGCGCAAGAUGAAGAACGGAACAGCUAUUGAUUGUUUCGCAACGAGAUUCCUGAGGGAACCAGAGACCAAAGCCUAUGGACAGACCCAAACGUACUUUGCAUUGGGAUCCUUGAUGGAAGCUGGAAGUGACACGUCUCGAAUGACUAUCAGUCAAGUCAUAGCUGCUGCUGCCUUGGACAACCGAUGGGUCAUCACGGCGAGAGAGCACCUGGACAAAGUCUGCGGGAAGAAUGCUGAACGCCUGCCAACCUUCGACGACCGAAUCGACCUUCCCUACAUUACAGCUGCUGUCAAGGAAGGAUUCCGAUGGCGACCAUUCGCAGAGAUCGGAGUUCCUCACAUGCUGACCCAAGACGAUGAAUAUGAAGGCUACAAUUUCCCCGCCGGAACCCUGUUCACUUGGAAUGCCACCGCCAUAGCAAUGGAUCCACGAGAGUACGAGGACCCCGAACGAUUCUGGCCCGAACGCUUCCUGAAUGAUGAUCUCAAUCACCCACUCAAAGGACACUGGAGUUUUGGCCCAGGAAGACGAGUCUGCUCCGGGUACAAUGUGGGAGAGUCGAACGUGUGGAUCAUGGUCGCUCGGCUACUAUACUGCUUUGACUUUGAGCCAGUUCCUGGCAAACCAAUCGAUUCGUUCAACGUCAAUUGGGGCGAGUACAGAUAUGCACCAUUCGAUGUUACCAUCAAAGUGCGGAGUCCACAGCAUGCGGCUUUGGUCGAGAGGGAAGGCAGAAUAGCGGUGGACACGCAGUAUUGAGAGAUGUGUGUUGCUAUCAGGUGACUGCAAUCUUGGAUUUCCAUACC